AUGCCCCUGGCCUUCUGCGGCAGCGAGAAUCAUUCCGCUGCCUAUCGGGUGGACCAGGGCGUCCUCAACAACGGGUGCUUCGUGGACGCUCUCAACGUGGUGCCGCACGUCUUCCUGCUCUUUAUCACCUUCCCCAUCCUCUUCAUCGGAUGGGGCAGUCAGAGCUCCAAGGUGCACAUCCACCACAGCACAUGGCUUCAUUUCCCCGGGCACAACCUGCGCUGGAUCCUGACCUUCAUGCUGCUCUUCGUCCUGGUGUGUGAGAUCGCGGAGGGCAUCCUGUCCGAUGGGGUGACUGAAUCCCGCCAUCUCCAUCUAUACAUGCCAGCGGGGAUGGCGUUCAUGGCUGCUGUCACCUCUGUGAUCUACUAUCACAACAUCGAGACCUCCAACUUCCCCAAACUGCUGAUCGCCUUGCUUAUUUACUGGACCUUGGCCUUCAUCACCAAGACCAUCAAGUUUGUCAAGUUCUAUGAACACGCCAUCAGCUUCUCGCAGCUGCGUUUCUGCCUCACCGGGCUGCUGGUGAUCCUCUAUGGCAUGCUGCUCCUUGUGGAGAUCAACGUCAUCAGGGUGAGGAGAUACAUCUUCUUCAAGACACCACGGGAGGUGAAGCCCCCUGAGGAUCUGCAGGACCUGGGGGUGCGCUUCCUACAGCCCUUCGUGAAUCUGCUGUCCAAGGGCACCUACUGGUGGAUGAACGCCUUCAUCAAGACUGCCCACAAGAAGCCCAUCGACCUGCGGGCCAUCGGGAAGCUACCCAUUGCCAUGCGGGCCCUCACCAACUACCGGAGGCUCUGUGAGGCCUUUGAUGCACAGGCGCGGAAGGAUGUCCAGAGCCCACAGGGUGCCCGAGCUAUCUGGCAGGCUCUGUGCCACGCCUUUGGGAGACGCUUGGUCCUCAGCAGCACCUUCCGUAUCCUGGCAGACCUGCUAGGCUUUGCUGGGCCGCUGUGCAUCUUUGGGAUCGUGGACCACCUCGGGAAGGAGAACCGCGUCUUCCAGCCUAAGACGCAGUUUCUCGGAGUUUACUUUGUCUCCUCCCAAGAGUUCCUGGCUAAUGCCUAUGUUUUAGCCGUGCUCCUAUUCCUCGCCCUGCUGCUACAAAGGACCUUCCUGCAAGCCUCCUACUAUGUCGCCAUUGAAACUGGAAUCAACUUGCGAGGUGCCAUACAGACCAAGAUUUACAAUAAAAUUAUGCACCUGUCUACCUCCAACCUGUCCAUGGGGGAGAUGACCGCCAGCCAGAUCUGUAACCUGGUUGCCAUCGACACCAACCAACUCAUGUGGUUUUUCUUCUUGUGCCCAAACCUCUGGGCCAUGCCAGUACAGAUCAUUGUGGGUGUGAUCCUGCUCUACUACAUCCUCGGAGUCAGUGCCCUGAUUGGAGCAGCAGUCAUCAUUCUGUUGGCCCCUGUGCAGUACUUCGUGGCCACCAAGCUCUCCCAAGCCCAGCGGAGCACCCUGGAGUAUUCCAAUGAGAGGCUGAAGCAGACCAACGAGAUGCUUCGUGGCAUCAAGCUGCUCAAGCUGUAUGCUUGGGAGAACAUCUUCUGCGCACGCGUGGAGAUGACCCGUAGGAAGGAGAUGACCAGCCUCAAGGCCUUUGCUGUCUACACUUCCAUCUCCAUUUUCAUGAACACGGCUAUCCCCAUCGCAGCUGUCCUCAUUACCUUCGUGGGCCACGUCAGUUUCUUCAAAGGGGCCGACUUCUCACCCUCAGUGGCCUUCGCCUCCCUGUCCCUCUUCCACAUCCUGGUCACUCCGCUCUUUCUGCUCUCCAGUGUGGUCCGCUCAACAGUCAAAGCUCUGGUGAGCGUACAGAAGCUGAGCGAGUUCCUGUCCAGCGCAGAGAUCCGUGAGGAGCAGUGUGCCCCCCGGGAGCCAACCCCCCAGAGCCAAGCCAGCAAGUACCAGGCGGUGGUGAGUGCCCAGCCUCCCUGGCUGCUCCCAGGCUUAUCCUGUACAGUCUGCCAAUCGUGCCUGGCUACGUCCAACCUCAACCUUUCUUCCCAUGGACCCUCAUCUCCUGACCAUCCCCAGCCCCUCAAGGUGGUGAACCGCAAGCGCCCGGCCCGAGAGGAUUGUCGGGAACUCAUGAACCCCCUGCAGAGGCUGGCCCCCAACGCAGAAGGCGACACCGACAACUGUUGUGUCCAGAUCAUCGGAGGCUUCUUUACCUGGACCCCUGAUGGACUCCCAACACUGUCCAACAUCACCAUCCGUAUCCCCCGAGGCCAGUUGACCAUGAUUGUGGGGCAGGUGGGCUGCGGCAAGUCCUCGCUGCUGCUUGCCACACUGGGGGAGAUGCAGAAGGUCUCAGGGGCCGUCUUCUGGAACAGCCUUGCUGACAGUGAGACGGGGGAUGACCACAGCCCAGAGCAGGAGACAACAGCCGACUCAGACGUCAGGAAAAGAGGCCCCGUGGCUUAUGCUUCUCAGAAGCCGUGGCUGCUGAACGCCACUGUGGAAGAGAACAUCACCUUUGAGAGCCCCUUCAACAAGCAGCGGUACAAGACGGUCAUCGAAGCCUGCUCCUUGCAGCCGGACAUCGACAUCUUGCCCCAUGGAGACCAGACCCAGAUUGGGGAGCGGGGCAUCAACUUGUCUGGUGGUCAGCGCCAGCGGAUCAGCGUGGCCCGUGCACUCUACCAGCACACCCACGUUGUCUUCUUGGAUGACCCGUUCUCAGCUCUGGACGUCCAUCUGAGUGACCACUUGAUGCAGGUGGGGAUCCUGGAGAUGCUUCGGGAUGACAAGAGGACCGUGGUUCUAGUGACCCACAAGCUGCAGUACCUGCCUCAUGCAGACUGGAUCAUUGCUAUGAAGGACGGCACCAUCCAGAGGGAGGGAACCCUCAAGGACUUCCAGAGGUGUGAGAGUCAGCUCUUUGAGCACUGGAAGACCCUCAUGAACCGGCAGGACCAAGAGCUGGAGAAGGAGACUGUUGUGGAGAGAAAAGUCACGGAGCCCUCCCAGGGCCUGCCCCGGGCCAUGUCCUCCAGAGACGGCCUCCUGCAGGAUGAGGAAGAGGAGGAAGAGGAGGUGGCCGAGAGCGAGGAGGACGACAGCCUGUCUUCAGUGCUACACCAGCGUGCCAAGAUCCCAUGGCGAGCCUGUGCCAAGUACCUGUCCUCAGCCGGCGUCCUGCUUCUGUCACUGCUUGUCUUCUCCCAGCUGCUCAAGCACAUGGUCUUGGUAGCCAUCGACUACUGGCUGGCCAAGUGGACUGACAGUGCCCUGACCCUGAACCCCACUGCCAGGAACUGCUCCCUUACCCAGGAGUGCACCCUGGACCAGACAGUCUACGCCAUGGUGUUCACAGUCCUCUGCAGCCUAGGCAUCGUGCUGUGCCUUGUCACUUCUGUCACUGUGGAGUGGACGGGGCUGAAGGUGGCCAAGAGGCUGCACCGCAGUCUGCUCAACCAGAUCAUCCUGGCGCCCAUGAGGUUUUUUGAGACCACGCCCCUUGGGAGCAUCCUGAACAGAUUUUCAUCUGACUGUAACACCAUUGACCAGCACAUCCCCUCCACGCUGGAGUGCCUGAGCCGCUCCACGCUGCUCUGUGUCUCAGCCUUGGCCGUCAUCUCCUACGUCACACCUGUGUUCCUCGUGGCCCUCCUGCCCCUGGCCAUCGUGUGCUACUUCAUCCAGAAGUACUUCCGGGUGGCAUCCAGGGACUUGCAACAGCUGGAUGACACCACCCAACUCCCACUGCUCUCUCACUUUGCUGAGACUGUGGAAGGCCUCACCACCAUCCGGGCCUUCAGGUAUGAGGCCCGGUUCCAGCAGAAGCUCCUUGAAUACACAGACUCCAACAACAUCGCCUCCCUCUUCCUCACGGCUGCCAACAGGUGGCUAGAAGUUCGCAUGGAGUACAUUGGUGCAUGUGUAGUGCUCAUCGCGGCAGCAACUUCCAUCUCCAACUCCCUGCACAGGGAGCUCUCUGCUGGCCUUGUGGGCCUGGGCCUCACAUAUGCCCUCAUGGUCUCCAACUACCUCAACUGGAUGGUGAGAAACCUGGCAGACAUGGAGCUGCAGCUAGGGGCUGUGAAGCGGAUCCACGGGCUCCUGAAUACGGAAGCAGAGAGCUACGAGGGGCUGCUGGCUCCUUCACUGAUCCCUAAGAACUGGCCAGACCAAGGCAAGAUCCAGAUCCAGAACCUGAGUGUGCGCUACGACAGCUCCCUGAAGCCUGUGCUGAAGCACGUCAACGCUCUCAUCUCCCCGGGGCAGAAGAUUGGCAUCUGCGGCCGCACGGGCAGUGGGAAGUCUUCUUUCUCUCUUGCCUUCUUCCGCAUGGUGGACAUGUUUGAAGGGCGCAUCAUCAUAGAUGGCAUUGACAUUGCCAAGCUGCCACUGCACACUCUGCGCUCACGCCUCUCCAUCAUCCUGCAGGACCCCGUCCUCUUCAGCGGCACCAUCCGAUUUAACCUGGACCCCGAGAAGAAGUGUUCCGACAGCACACUGUGGGAGGCCCUGGAGAUUGCCCAACUGAAGCUGGUGGUGAAGGCACUGCCAGGAGGCCUCGAUGCCAUUAUCACGGAAGGUGGGGAGAACUUCAGCCAGGGCCAAAGGCAGUUGUUCUGCCUGGCUCGGGCCUUUGUGCGGAAGACAAGCAUCUUCAUCAUGGAUGAGGCCACAGCGUCUAUCGACAUGGCCACGGAGAACAUCCUCCAAAAGGUGGUGAUGACGGCCUUUGCAGACCGCACUGUGGUCACCAUCGCGCAUCGUGUACAUACCAUCCUGAGCGCGGACCUGGUGAUUGUCCUGAAGCGAGGUGCCAUCUUGGAGUUUGACAAACCUGAGAAGCUGCUCAGCCGCAAGGACAGCGUCUUCGCCUCCUUUGUGCGUGCAGACAAGUGACCUGCCAGAGCUGGGGUUGUUCUUGCCCUGUCCUCUGGCCCCCCAGCCUGGGUUUUCUACCUUCCAAUCGCUUGUGAAUAAAGAGAUUCUGUCUUUGCUA